GCGCGGCAGCCCCCUAAACUUUGGCAAGUUGCGGCGCGGCGCCGCCGGAGGCGCGGGGCGCGGCCGCGGGCGGAGCCGCCCCCUGACGCGGGCCGCCCCCUCCCGGCCCGGGCCGGUGGAAGUUGGCGGCCGCCCCGCGCCCGCGCCCGAUGUAUGGGUGAUAUACUGCGGCGCGGCGGCGGCGGCGGCGGCGGCGGCGGCGGCGGGGCGAGCGACGGCCAUAUUUGCCGGCGCGGCCCGAGCCGGCAACAACAAAAAGUGCGCGGGCGCUCGGCGGGCGCUCGGACGGGCGCGGGGACGCGGGGCGCGGGGACGCGGGGCCCGCCGCGCCGCCGCCCGGCCUCGCCGCCGCCCUCGCCGCCCUCGCGGCCCGGCCCGGCGGCGCCCGCCGCCCGCCGCCCGCGGGGAUGUCGUACAAGCCCAACUUGGCCGCGCACAUGCCCGCUGCCGCCCUCAACGCCGCUGGGAACGUGCACUCACCGUCCACCAGCAUGGCAGCAUCCUCCCAGUACCGCCAGCUGCUGAGUGACUACGGGCCACCCUCGCUGGGCUACACCCAGGGAACUGGGAGCAGUCAGGUGCCCCAGAGCAAGUAUGCAGAGCUGCUGGCCAUCAUUGAAGAGCUGGGGAAAGAGAUCAGACCCACCUACGCAGGGAGCAAGAGCGCCAUGGAGAGACUAAAGCGAGGCAUCAUUCAUGCUCGAGGCCUGGUUCGGGAAUGCCUGGCCGAGACCGAACGGAAUGCCAGAUCCUAGCCUCCUGCAAGAGGAGCAGGCACAGCGGCUCUCCUGAUCUUAUGAAACUCUUGUUUUCAAAAUGGUUAACAGUUUAGUAUUUUCUCCUUUGGUUCACUGAGCUCUGAACCUGUUCUUGAAGAAUGGGAAAAGAUUUCUCAGUUAAUUAGAAUUUGCAUUUUAAGAGAUUACAAAUGAUUCAGGGUUUUUUUUAAAGCAUUGAUUUGAAAAAUGCAUGUGAAGUUAUUUUACAGCAAACUUGUUUGCCCCCAAGAUACCAGUGACUCCCUUUAAUCUUGUUUGACUACAUUUACAUCACUGAAACUGCUUUUGCUCCUUUCCAUAAACUCCUACCCUCUGAGGACUUGGUUCUAAUGCAUACCCACUGCGGUUUUAGGAGUAGCUGGUUCCAUUUGCCAUACUGUGUAGAUUCUGCUUCCUGGAAAUUCUUUUCUGCUUAAGCAUUUGCAUGACCCUUAGUGCUUUGAAGUCAGUCUUAAAAAUGCACAAGUUAUAAAUACAGAAGAAGGAGCAACCUACCAAACCUGAAAAGCGCCCUGAACAUUUUCAAACUGCCUGUGUGUACAUUUUACUUCCACACGUACUGUAUGUUGAUCAAAACAUCUGGAAGACUAAAACUGUUUGCAUCUUUGUAUUUAUUACUUGAUGUAAUAAAGCUUAUUUUCAUUAACAA